AUGAUAUGUCAUAUAGGAACAUACGACAAUUAUAAGCAUUCGGGUUUUGGGGUGUUACAUCUGCAAGCGCACGUUGAUUCACUUUUGAUCGCCAGUCAAGUCAACGGGAUCUAUGAUGCGAAAGGUGACGUUAUGGCCUUAUAUUUGGAUCAAGCAAAAGAGCUGCUUCAGAAAUUCAAGUCAUACAGAGUAGUACACAUCAAUCAUUCCGAGAACAAGCAGGCAGACGCCUUAAGCAAGCUCGCUUCAACUUCUUUCCAACAUCUCGCGAAGGAUAUAAGGAUUGAAGUACUCAAAAACCCAUCGGUCCUGCUACGCCAGGAAGGGAUACUCCCGGAGAACAAAGCAGAGGCAAGGAAAAUUCAAAACAAGGCCCUGCAUUAUGAGAUGAAUGAUGGUAUUCUAUACCGAAAGUCCUUCUUAGGGCCCUUAUUGCGCUGUGUGGACCCCCAAGAUGCGACCUACUUAAUCAGAGAAAUCCAUGAAGGGAUCUGUGGUAUCCAUGCAGGACCACGCAUGGUUGUUGCAAAGAUCAUGAACGCUGGAUAUUAUUGGCCAGGGAUGCAUGUCGACGCCCUGAAGGAGCUGCGCAAAUGCGACUCUUGUCAGCGGCAUUCUCCAAAGACCCUACGCCCCAAAAAUGAUCUUAUCCCAGUGUCCACUGCUUGGCCUUUCCAACAGUGGGGGAUUGAUAUGGUGGGACCUUUCCUAGACGCCCCGGGAGCCGUAAAGUUUAUAAUCGUGGCUGUUGACUAUUUCACCAAGUGGGUGGAGGCCAAAGCCCUCGCAUCAACCACUGCAAUGAUGGUGUGCAAGUUUAUCUGGGAGCACAUCAUUUGCAGAUUUGGUCUUCCACUCAAAAUCGUCACAAACGACGGUACCAAUUUUGCUUCUGAGGAUCUUCAAAAUUUGAUGAAGGAAAUGAAGAUCGAGCAUACCUUCUCGUCCGUAGCCCAUCCUCAGGGCAACGGUCAAGUGGAAAGCGUCAACAAAAGUAUUGUAGAGGGGAUAAAAGCCCGACUGGGCACAAAGCGAAGAGGCUGGCCUAGAAUGCGUCUCGGAAGCAGUUAUCCCGGCGGAAGUUGGAUUCCCCUCACCGCGUUGACAGCAGUCAACACGGUUGAUAAUGAAGCAGAGCGCCGUCUCGAUCUGGACCUCUUGGAAGAAAGACGCGAGAUUGCGCGUAUUAAGGAAGCGAAAUACAAGACACAACUGGAAAGGUACUACAAUAAGAGAGUCCGCAUUUGUACCUUCACUCCAGGAGAAUACGUUUUCCGAGACAACGAAGCUUCGAACGCCGAACGCCCAGGAAAACUAGCACCCAAAUGGGAAGGCCCAUACUUGGUCCAAUAA